AUUGCGGCGGCCCUGCAGUCGGGAUAACCUUGAGGCAGAGACAGCCGAUUCCGCACAGGAGCGACGUCCUCGGACUCUCCGCAUCUCUCUGCAGUAGCUUGAGCCGGAACACGCCGGAGGACCUCAGCCAUGUCGAAGCCCCAUAGCGAUGUUGGGACAGCCUUCAUUCAGACACAGCAGCUGCAUGCAGCCAUGGCUGACACAUUCCUGGAGCAUAUGUGCCGCCUGGACAUUGACUCACCACCCAUCACGGCCAGGAACACUGGCAUCAUCUGUACCAUCGGCCCUGCUUCCCGAUCAGUGGAGAUGCUGAAGGAGAUGAUUAAGUCUGGAAUGAAUGUGGCUCGUAUGAACUUCUCUCAUGGAUCUCACGAGUACCAUGCAGAGACCAUCAAGAACGUGCGCACAGCCACAGAAAGCUUUGCUUCUGAUCCCAUCCUCUACCGGCCAGUUGCUGUGGCCCUGGACACUAAAGGACCUGAGAUCCGAACUGGACUCAUCAAGGGCAGCGGCACCGCGGAGGUGGAGCUGAAGAAAGGGGCCACGCUCAAGAUCACUCUGGAUGAUGCCUACAUGGAAAAGUGUGACGAGAACACCCUGUGGCUAGACUACAAGAACAUUUGCAAGGUGGUGGAAGUGGGCAGCAAGAUCUAUGUGGAUGAUGGACUUAUUUCUCUGCGGGUAAAGGAGAUAGGUGCUGGCUUCUUGGUGACAGAAGUGGAGAAUGGUGGCUCUUUGGGCAGCAAGAAGGGUGUGAACCUCCCUGGGGCCGCUGUGGACCUGCCUGCCGUGUCACAGAAGGACAUCCAGGACCUGAAGUUCGGGGUAGAGCAGGAUGUAGAUAUGGUGUUCGCGUCUUUCAUUCGCAAGGCAUCUGAUGUCCAUGAAGUCAGAAAGGUCCUGGGAGAAAAAGGAAAGAACAUCAAGAUAAUCAGCAAAAUCGAAAAUCAUGAGGGUGUUCGGAGGUUUGAUGAGAUCCUGGAAGCCAGUGAUGGGAUCAUGGUUGCUCGAGGUGAUCUAGGCAUUGAGAUUCCUGCAGAGAAGGUCUUCCUUGCUCAAAAGAUGAUGAUCGGGCGGUGCAACCGAGCUGGGAAACCUGUCAUCUGUGCCACACAGAUGCUGGAGAGCAUGAUCAAGAAGCCACGUCCCACCCGGGCUGAGGGCAGUGAUGUGGCCAAUGCAGUCCUGGAUGGAGCUGACUGCAUCAUGCUGUCUGGAGAGACAGCCAAAGGGGACUAUCCGCUGGAGGCUGUGCGCAUGCAACACCUGAUUGCCCGUGAGGCAGAGGCCGCCAUCUACCACUUGCAAUUAUUUGAGGAACUCCGCCGCCUGGCGCCCAUUACCAGCGACCCCACAGAAGCCGCCGCCGUGGGCGCCGUGGAGGCCUCCUUCAAGUGCUGCAGUGGGGCCAUAAUCGUCCUCACCAAGUCUGGCAGGUCUGCUCACCAGGUAGCCAGGUACCGCCCCCGUGCCCCCAUCAUUGCUGUGACCCGUAAUCACCAGACAGCUCGCCAGGCCCACCUGUACCGUGGCAUCUUCCCUGUGGUGUGUAAGGACCCAGUGCAGGAGGCCUGGGCUGAGGAUGUGGACCUCCGGGUGAACUUGGCCAUGAAUGUUGGCAAGGCUCGAGGCUUCUUCAAGAAGGGAGAUGUGGUCAUUGUGCUGACCGGGUGGCGUCCUGGCUCUGGCUUCACCAACACCAUGCGUGUAGUGCCUGUGCCGUGAUGGGCCCUAAGCCCCUCCUCCAGUCCCUGUCCCAUCCCUUUUCCCCAACCCAUCCAUUAAGCCAGCGAUGCUUGUAGUGCUCAUUUGGAGCUGUAGUGUGGCACUGGUCGACUGGGACACCAGGGAAGAAGAUUAAUGCCUCUGUAACACAUGAUGAUUUUUAAGACCCUGCUCAGGUGAGGUAGCCCUGAGCCAGACUGCCCAUCUUAUCGCCCCACCCAAGCCAGAGGGGCAAAGGUGCAGGACUGGAGGCUCCAGAGCUUUACAUAGAGGGCAGCAGCUCCUGCUUCUCUUGUGUGUACUCCAUCCAGUUCCUGUAGAAAUGGAUACUCCGAGAACUCCUGAGCCUAGCCUGGGGUCAGAAGACACAACUAGAGAAGGCAGUGGUUCCAGUUUCAGCAGACUCUGGCCCUGGCCUUCACUUGCUUGUCCAACCCCCUCAGCCUCCCUACUCCCACCUAGUUGUGCACUCCUGUUCCUGCACUCCACUCAGCUGUUGCUGCAGACAAACACUCCACCCUCCACCUUCGUUUUCCCCACUACUGCAGCCGCCUCCAGGCCUGUUGCUAUAGAGCCUACCUGUAUGUCAAUAAACAGCAGCUGAAGCGCC